CCCUCUGGUGUCUUCUGGUCACCUUCAAGGCUUCAACAUCUGAAUCGAAAAUGGGUCUCAGAAUCGGGGGCGAAAUAGAGAAGGAAAAUGGCGACGAGCUGAGUUACAGUGACUUCGUGGAGAGGUACCUUAUGAAGAAUCGACCUGUUGUUCUAAGAGGGCUUAUGGAUGGAUGGAGGGCUUGUAAAGAUUGGGUCACUCACACUGGACAGCCUAAUCUCGAAUUUUUCUCUACCCACUUUGGAAAAUCCAUUGUUCAGGUUGCAGAUUGUGGUACCAGAGAGUUCACUGAUCAAAAGCGAAUGGAAAUGUCUGUUGCGGAGUUCAUUGACCACUGGCUCAAGGAUUCUGCAAAUUAUCAUGUUAAUGCUACAACUAAUGAGCAUGGGAAGCCACUGGUAUAUUUGAAAGACUGGCAUUUUGUAAAGGAGUAUCCAGAAUAUUUAGCGUACACAACUCCGCUAUUCUUUCGUGAUGAUUGGCUCAACCUGUAUCUCGACAAUUAUAGUAUGCAUAAUGAACCUGAUGCUUGUCAAGAGAAAAAUGAAAUUAGUUGCUCUGAUUAUCGGUUUGUUUACAUGGGAGCAAAAGGUACAUGGACUCCCCUUCAUGCCGAUGUCUUCAGAUCCUAUAGUUGGUCGGCUAAUGUUUGUGGGAAGAAGAAAUGGCUUUUUUUGCCUCCUUCACAAAGUCAUCUUGUUUUUGACAGAAAUAUGAAAAGCUCUGUAUAUAAUAUCUGUGAGGAUGUCAAUGAAGCAAAAUUUCCUGGGUUUAAGAAGGCUGUUUGGUUAGAAUGCAUUCAAGAACAAGAUGAAAUUAUCUUUGUGCCCAGUGGAUGGUAUCAUCAAGUUCACAAUCUGAUUCCCCCAUCAGCUCCCCAACAGCACCAUCACCCCUUAGGACACUCCUGGCAUAAGACUUAUUGGCCUGUCAGAUUUGUAGGAAUGGAAGAUACAAUAUCAAUAAACCACAACUGGUUCAAUGCCUAUAAUCUUUCUUGGGUUUGGGAUUUGCUUUUGAAAGACUACAAUGAGGCUAAAGAGUACAUAGAGGAUGUCAGGGACAUAUGUGAUGAUUUUGAAGGUCUCUGCCAGCGCAAUCUUGCAGCUAACACAGGCAUGAACUUCUGUGAUUUCUUCAUCUUCAUAGCAUGCUUCUCAUUUGCCAACUUGGUCCAGCUUUAUCACCUUCAUAGAGUCAAUGAAAAUCCCAGUUGGUGUUUAUUCCCUAAAGCUCAACAUUUAGCUUUGAACCUUCUUUCCGCUCAGAAAAUUGUAUUGAAGAUGAAAACCGUAGAUGCUCUGGCCGGAGAUCAUGCUUUGUUGCUGGAUUUGAGGAAAAUGAUGGAUGAUUCAAAGUUCCUUGAACUGUGCUCUGGCUUGGACAGAACGUAUAGGGGGAUACACAAGGAACAACAACAAAAUUAUGAUAAGAAGGAAACUUUGAUGGAUGGCUUGGGGGAUUUGGAUUUUAUUGUGAAGUCAUGUUCUCAGAUCUAUGCUCCCGAAGAUCUUGUUAGUUUUAUAGACUCUGCUGUUAAAAAACUUAGCAGAGCUUUCAACAGAGAAAGCCCUCUGCUGCCUGAAUUAGAUGAACUUAGGAGUCCGGAUGCUCAGUAAAAAUUAAUAUUUGGAUACACUGUUCACUUUUUCAAGGAGGCCCCAGAAAACUGCUGGGGCAGAAAACUCUUGGAAGAUGCAUGGUUGCGUUUGUUCUCAAAGGCCUUAGCAGGUUUAUGAACUUAGAAGCUCGGCUGGUAAAAUAACCUUUGUGCGACACAGGUCCAGCUUUUCGGGGAGACCCAACAAAACUUCUGGUCCUCAAAAACUUUUGAACGGUGUCUUUUGGUGCGUGCUUGCAAUCCAAGAUCAUAUGCAAGAACACAUGGUGAUAACUUGGCUCUUCGGGUCUGUGGAGGAGCUGGAAAAAUAAAGUUGAGAUUCUAACAAGGAACUUCAUUCAAGGUGGGAAGCUGUAGACGCUCCAUGUCUGCACUUAUUCAUUUUCUGUUUCAUCAAUGUAACAUGGUCAUAGUGAAUGCGAGAGCUAGGUGACAAACUCACUUGAUUCUUCAUUAUCUAAAUGUAGUAACAUAAAAGUUCAUUCUUCUCUCUGCACCCCUGUUUUAAUUUUUCACAUUUCCAUUAACAUAUUGUUGAUUUGUGUUGAUUCCUCAGCAUGUAAA